GAAAGUAGAUUACAAAGAAAACAAAUAUGGUUAGCAUCGAAAAUAAUUGUGUUUAGCCCAGAGCUAGACAGAUCCCAGGACCAAGGCAUCUAAUAAUAAUUUUGUUUAUUCUUGCUCCAGCAUUUUUUCAGUAAAAGUUGCAAGAAAGGGAGCUUUGUCUCACAAUUCCAUUAUUAUGUGUCUAUUCACACGUUCAGUAUUCUGUACAGGAUGUGCACCUGUAUUCAGUCAUUUAGUUUACAUUGAAAUCUGCAGCAUAAAAUCCUGUGCAUCAAAUCUGCUCAGAAUACUGUACAUUACUCAGAACAGACCAUUAGGGUAGGGUCACACGGAACCGAUUUGUAUUUUACACUGCACAUCUGCCGACGACAGACCCUACAGUGUGCCUAAUCUACCGCUACAGGAGACACACUGUGAACAUGCCUACUUCCUGAGCUAGGUCGACAGCAAUCACGAUAUGUGCGAAUACACCGUGCACAGUGACACGCAACUGCUACAAACAAGCACAGCUGGAGGCACACUGUAGGGCCCAUCAUCGGCAGAUCCGCAGCAUAAAAUAUGCUGUGGAUCAUUUGCGUGUGAACCUACUCUUAGAGAAAGAGAGAAAAAAAAUCCAGCAUGUCAGUUUUUUUUUCUCAGCUAAAAUCAUGAAAAAUAACUGACAUCUAACGGAACCCUGGCGGACCCCCAUUCAAAGUAAAUUAGACAUGGGAUCCUGUGUCAUAACGCUGUCAAGCCUUGGAGCUUUGAUGUGAACAUAGCUUUAGAUAUGGAACCAGAAACCAUCUAAUGUGCAUGGGGGACUCAAGGUUUUCAGGGAGGUAUGCCACUGUUAGGAGUCCGCAGUGGCUUUCUCCCCUCUCCUUGUUUAGAGCCAAUGCACACUCAGCUGUGUAUGGGCAGAUCAUGAGAGAUGGCCGUUGGCAGGCAGUUAUCUUCUGUACAUGGCUAGGCUAAGACACAGGAUAUGUGCAAGAUAUUAGAUUGAUGGGGCUCCUUCUAGUACAGGGAUCCCAGUGCCCCUUCCAUCUCAAAAUGAGAAGAGCAGUCAAGUGUGCCAACAUUUUUCUCCUGAACCUGGGACUUCUCAGAAGGACCUUGUCACUCUAGACCUGAGAAAGAGAGCUCCUGUUCACAUGUAUCAGUUACACAUGAAACCAGAACUCAUGCAAGAAGACAGAGAGAGAGGGUGUUGCAUGCAGAGAUACUACAGAGAUAACCAGAAUAAGAUCCAGAUUAAAGAGCAUAGGGAGUUCAAUGCAUCGUUGCAAGAAAAAAAAAAAAAAGACAUGGCAGACAUCAGCGAUCAUGAUGAUACCCUCCAUUAUCCCUCCAGAUUCUAGUGACACACCAGAGACUGAGCCUGAAAACCCAGAAAAUGGAGAAGAAGGGAUGAACAUGUCCCAGCUUGCAAAAAAGGUUCAAGCAACAUUUGGUUGGAGAACUGUAACUUCGUUGUUUACUAAAGAAGAUGAAGAAGAAGGAACAGAUCAGAGAGUUGAGCAAAGACAAGAGAUUGCAACAGAACAGACUCCAUCUUCACGCACGUCAGACAACCCUCCACAGAAAAGCUCUACGGCACUCUGGAAUGUGUUCACUAGCAGGUGGCAACAGAACACUGUUCAACGUUCUGAAGCAAAAGGAGUACUGGCAGAGCCUCCAGAAGAACACAAUGAAGCUAAAAAUGGAGAGGAGACACCCUUUAGGUGGAAUUUCCUCACUAGCAAACUAGCAGAGUUAAGAAGCAAGAAUGAAUAAGAACUACAACCUAAAGGAACAAUAUGUAGAGAUGCUUCUGUGAGCAACUCAGUAUCUUAAUAACCUGUCCCCGAGCUGAACAGAUUUUGCCCUAAAGAAAUUGCGUGGCAUAAGUAGGGUUGGAAAUGACCUUGUCUCCUACAAUAAAGACAAGUACAACAAAUGAUUCUCUUGUUAUCCCCUAUA